UUUUUCUUUUUACUAGAAGACAAGUUUAUGUAGUACAAAUUAUUGUUAUUCUUCUUUUCAUUUUCAAAAAGUCGUAAUGUUAAUCUUUUGUGUUCAAAAGGAACUAAAAACUUAAGUGAGUUUUGAUUCAAUUAUGAGGCUAAUUCGGCAUAAUUUUUUUAAGCAGAUGAGCUGCCAACAUGCACCGACCAGAAAUGGCAUCGAUGGACAAAGUGCGAGUGAUCGUCGUUGGUGAUUCAGGUGUCGGAAAAACGUCGCUGGUGCAUCUGAUGAGCCACGGCGAGCCUCUGGUGGGCAGCCCGCCCUGGACGGUCGGCUGCUCCGUCGAGGUCAAACUGCACGAGUUCCGAGAAGGCACUCCGGCGCAGAAGUCGUACUUUGUCGAGUUUUGGGACAUCGGCGGCAGCAGCAGCCACCGCAACGCCCGCAACGUCUUCUACAAUCCUACGCACGGCAUUAUUUUGGUGCACGACCUGAGCAACCGGAAGAGCCACGAGAACCUGCGCAAGUGGUUGGCCGAGGUGCUCAACAGGGACAGCGCCAGCAGCAGCCGCAGUGUGGCCACCGACCAGUUUGACCCUGAGCAAUUUGUCGGAUCAACUCAGAUUCCAAUUCUUGUGAUAGGAACCAAAAGUGACCUAGUUGAAAAACUGAGAACCAGCAGAAGAUCACCUUCGAUUGCAGAAGAGUGUGGAGCUGAUGAAAUAGUUGUGGAUUGUCAUGAAGGACGAUCUCUUGCUGCUGGUUCGAGUGCUGCAGUGAAACUGGCACGGUUCUUCGACAAAGUGAUUGAACGCAAAUACCAAACUAGAGAGGCUCGGGACCGAGCGCCUCCUUUUGUGGUGGACAGCAGACGCAGUCGACCCUACAAGGGCUAUCAUAAUGACUGAAAAUUCUCAAUGAAUAUUGAACUUUUAUGAUUCUUGUGAUGAAUUUUUAUCUGAAAAAUAGACUGUAGAUAAUUUAAAUGAAAAAGAGACAAGUUAUUGUGAAAUUUUUAUUGCUUUGUUUUUUUAAAUUAAUUUUUAAAUUUAAACUCUAUAAUUUCUUGGGUCUCUCCGGCAAACCAUAAUUAUAAUGCAACUCGGAUAAAAAUAGUCCAACCAAGCAAAUUGAGUAUUAUUAAUUUUUUUACUGUGGUUUUAAAACGGAUCGGCAUAAUUUGGAAAACUGACUAGUUUGUAGAAUAUAGAGUGGUACGUCAAGUUUGCACAAGAAUUAAUAUCACAGAGGCAUACGGAAUCAUCUGCCUUUUGCUGAUUCAGAGU